AUGGGUCGCGUUAGAACUAAGACUGUCAAGCGUGCUGCUAAGCAGAUGAUUGAGGGUUACUACCCCAAGCUCACUCUCGACUUUGAGACCAACAAGCGUCUCGCUGACGAGAUUGCCUACAUCCCCUCCAAGCGUCUUCGCAACAAGAUUGCUGGUUUCACCACACACUUGAUGAAGCGCAUUCAGAAGGGCCCUGUCCGUGGUAUUUCCUUCAAGCUCCAGGAGGAGGAGAGAGAGAGACGUGACCAGUACGUUCCUGACGUUUCUGCCCUCGACCUUUCCCACACUGAUGGCGCUCUCAACGUUGACAAGGACACUGCCGACCUUCUUAAGUCUCUCGGCCUUAAGCUCCCUCUUAACGUUCAGCACGUUUCUGCUCAGGCUCCUGAGCGACGAUUCCGCAAGAGAAACUAA